AUGCAAGAGGCCCUGCUAGAGUGCCAGCUGCUCCUGCCACCUCCACUGUUGAGCAGAGCUGAAGUCAGGAACGUGCCACAGGGGGGUGGGGUACAUGGACUGGGGAAAGAAGCAGCCAAAUCGCUGGGCUACUUGGACAUGGUGCCGGCCGGCUCAGUGGUGAAGACUCUACCGUACGGGGUGGGUGGUGUGGGAGUGGGGUCCCCCGGAGGCGUCAAGCCACCGUACUACCCCACCAGAAACUUCCCCGGCAUGGACCUCCCGGUAAAGCCCAAACUCCCGAGCAGCUACAACCCCCACAACCCCUACGAGUGGUCAAGAAACCAAUCCCUUCUCCUGGACCAGACAGGGUACCGGCCCAAGCGCAAGCCCUCGCUUAAGACUGCCAUGAAAACCAAGAAGAUCCUGGGCUGGGGCGACUUCUACUUCAACGUCAAGACCAUGAAGUUCAGCAUGAUGCUCACCGGGAAGAUUGUGGACCACAUCAACGGCACCUUCACCGUCUACUUCCGCCACAACUCCUCCAGCCUGGCCAACGUGUCCGUCAGCAUCGUGCCGCCCUCCAAAGUGGUGGAGUUCGAGGUGCUCCAGCAGCAGCAGCAGCAGCAGCAGCAGCAGCAGCCCCUGUCGCCCCAUUCGCCCAUGCAGCCCUCAGAGUUCCAGGUGUACCAGCCGCACCAGUCCACCUUCGACCCCAAGGAGGUCAAGACCUUCAACUGCCGCAACGAGUACGAGCGGUACGACCGCUCCAAGAAGCCCAAGCAGUGUCUGUACGACCCCUCGCAGACCUGCUACACGGAGCAUACCCAGUUCCACUCCUCCUGGCAGUGCGCCAAGCCCUUCAAGGUCAUCUGCAUCUUCAUCUCCUUCUUCAGCCACGACUACAAGCUCGUUCAGAAGGUCUGUCCGGACCACAACUCCCAGAAAGAGCAUCCCUAUUUCGGAUGAGGGUGCGUGGGGGGGGGGGAUUGGAUGGAUGAGGCAGUGGGCUCUGCUGAUUACUGCUAUGUCUUUUAUUCAGAACAUUUUUUCCUCUCCGUGUUAAAGAAUGUGUUUUUGAAGAGAAUAUGGGUUCUAGAACCAAGGUGGACAUAUUUUGACGAGUUUUCAAAAACCUAAAGCAUUUUUGAUGUUUAUUUGUUUCCAAGGUUCUUUGUAAAUACAGUAUUCAAAGCCCAAGGAUAGUUUUUUUCCCUCCUCUACUUGUCCCUGUCUAUUUAUGAUGAGGUUUUGUUUCGUAAAAAAUCAAAAGGGAGAGAGAGGGAGAGUGACUUUUAUUGCUGUUUCUUCAGUGUGACUUUACACCAAAAAAUAACAUGUCAACAAGUCAUUGUGGCAUCCGAUUGUACCUUUGUUUAUUUGAGCCCCUUGUUUUCAAACUCCGAAAAAGAGAGCAACACGUCAUCAUUAAAGGACAGUGGCUCCCAAGAUCAGAGGACUAUAUAUUACUUUUAUCAGAAUGUAUAUGAAAUGAUUAAGAUAGAAUAUGCACAAAAUAUAUGGCAACCCACAUUAAAAUCUCUUUAACUGUUAGUUUCAUUCUAUUCUUUGUACUCGCUGUUGGUGGAAAUGUGAUAAUGGUAAAAGCCAUUUUGAAAGAUUUUUUAACUUAAAUAUUGCACUGUAUCAAUUAUUUAUUUAUAGCAUAAAAUGGCCCAAAUGUGUUUGACUAAGGACUUUUGUUAUGAAGUCUCUCCACUAGGCCUAUUCAUUACCAAAACAAACCAAUACUGUUGUCAAACGUUUCUCAUGAAUUCACCUGUGGUUUCACAAUGGCUGUUUAAGGGUUUCAGAGGCAGAGCAUAAACCAGUCAGUAAAUGGGUAUUUUUAUAGUAUAUAAAGUGCUACCUGAGAUACACAUCAACUUCUAUUAUUUAUUAAUUAAUUUAUUUAUUUUUGGUGCAUCAUGUAAAGGAAAAAAUGGACAUGUCUUUGGAAACAUGGUUCGCUUGGUGAAAUGGACUAUACAUGAGACUUCUGGGAAUUCCUGAGGAUAUGCAUUGUUGCUUGAUAUGACAUGUAAACAACAUAAAAUUACUUAUGUAAAUACUUAACAACAA